AAGAAACGCCCCUGUUUGGAUUGUAAACAACUGCAAAGAUGCAGAGACAAGGCAAGGUAUCGAAACUGAUUUGAGAUCGGUCUGUAUUUUACAGAGAGGGGUCUGGGGUAGCUGCUUGAGCAGCUCUGGGAACAGAUAUGAACGCUGCGCGUGCACGCGUUGACAGAUGCGGACUAUUGUAACAUCAUUACAGAGACUAAACCAGUUAUGGGAGAAUCCAAUACAAGAAAGUCUGUACGAUGGAAAGAGACGAGCACAAUAACCCAGACCGCAGAGGACAUCAUUACGUCUUACCUAGCAGCCUCUGAUGAGAAUCAGAACAAGCUGCAAGAGGCAGAGGUAAUGGACGUGGAAGCUGUUAAACUCGACUCAGAGAUAAGGAACCCAGAAGAGAGGUCUCCAACAAACAUCAAGAGCCAUAGUUGCUCUUUAGAUCAUGGUACUCUCUCUGGGAUUGUGCCACCUGGACCUAGUCCUUCUCUUCUGGCUUCACUGCAGUCCCUUGUUGAAGAGAAUGAUCACAUGCUCCUCCCUCAUUCCUUACACCAGAUAGCGGAGGGCUACUUCCUUGAAGAGGACUAUCAGUGGGCAGUGGAGUUUCUUCAUCUGGAGAAGCUGUACCAUGAAAGACUACUGUCUAAUCUGGCCUCCAUACAAAAGAAAUGGGAGUCCCAGAGGAAAAUCAGCAUCCAAACCGAUAGUAACUCUACUUUAAACGCUAAUGGAACUGACAGAGAGCGAGAGCAUAUGGAAGUGUUGAGUCAUAUCUGCAGAACACACCAGAGGCCUAACUUCUCUUUGGAAAAGAACAUGGAUGACAUAAAACUACAGAACAACCCAACCCAUGUGACAGAACACAGAAGAUCAAAACAAGAACAAGCUUCAGUGAACUCAACCGGGAGAGAAAACCGGGCGGACGACUGCUCAUGGCUGGAAGCUGAACAGGAGCCAGAAGAGAACUGUGAAUUGAAUGAGGAGGAUGAGGAGGAGGAAGGUCUUGAGGAGGAUGAGUACUGGAAUGAGGAGCUGCAGGACGACACAGACUUUGACGGCCAGGUUCCUGUGGAUGAGCUGGACAACCUCAUUCAGACGUUUCCCUCAAAUGGCUUAGUCUCUAUUUUAAAGAAGAGACCCUGCGUCAAGGAAACGGAGAAUGCGACUCCACAAAAAGACUCGACCAAACGCAAAGUCCGUUUCAGAGAGCCAGAUGAUGCUUUCGAUCAAGAUGAGGUGUCUGGAAACUCUUGCCUCGUCCUUCUCCUCUUGUGUCUGGCUACCGUGGUGAUUAGCAUGGGUGGGACUGCCCUUUAUUGUCUCUUUGGAGAGGCGUACUCUAAUGUGUGUGUUGACUUCUCGCAAAACGUAGAAUUUUUCUUUGGACCUGUACGACGAGGAGUGGACGCUCUCACACAGUGGCUCUCUUCUGGUGCAUCAUAGCAGAUAUUUUAUGCUAACUUAAGUGGAACUCUUUCUUUAUAUUACCAUUUCUGAUGAUAAACAACAGUAUUUAUCUUGAGAUAAUAUGCACAAAUGCACAUUACCAGACAGGCCUUAAUAAAUGUUUCUUUAGUGAGUCUGUACA